AUGAAACAGCGCAAGAAGCACACCAAGUCCCGUACCGGAUGCUCCGAAUGCAAGCGUCGCAAGGUCAAGUGCGAUGAACUACGUCCGAGGUGCGCCAACUGCCGCCGGCAAGGAUCGAGCUGCAGUUACAGUCGGUCGGAUUCCUCACAGCAGACACCAGGCGCCACGCCCAGCCUAGCAGGGGCAGCUGAGCGCAAACCCUGGGAGGCCCUGAUACCGCAACUGAGCCGGUGCCACACACCUGGGGGUAAUUCACCGUCAUGGGUAGAUCAGAGCCCAUUCUCACGCGACGCCGAGCUCGCUCACCACUGGAGCACCGUCACGGCCGACGCCAUGGCGACCGACCCCGACAUGCGGCACAUGUGGCGCGUCGUCAUCCCGCGGAUCGGCUAUGAGAACUGCUUCGUCAUGCACGGGGUGCUCGCCAUAUCGGCGCUGCAUAAAGCGUACCUCAUGCCCGGCCUGGCCGAGACGUACCUGAAUGUCUCUGCCCACCACCAGGUCCGGGGCUCCGAGGGCUUCCGUGCCUUGCUCGGCAACGUCACGCAAGAUAACUGGCGGCCGGUCUUCUGUUUCUCGGGCACGUUUGUCGCAUAUAUGAUGUGUCUUCCCAUUCGCUCUCCGAAUGGAACCAUCCAGUCGCCGGUCGUCAGCCUGCUCGAUCUCGUGGCCGCGAUGAUGGGCGUCCAAGCCUCCAUCAAGCCCUUUCUUCCUGUAUUCAUGUCAUCAGAGUUUUCCCCCACCGUCCGAAACUUUGGUGAAAUUGUCGACGCCGACUCGACGAGAGAAUCGAAUCCGGACCUGGAACAUUCCCUGCUCCCGCACGAUACUUUCAACGCGCUGUUCACUUUGCGUUUAUUCUUCGAGGCCGAACUACCUGCAGGAGAACAGGAUCCCUAUCUCAACGCCGUCGACAAGCUCGAGGCGGUCGCGAGAGUCCUCGGGCGCGCCGGCCUACACGCGGAUCCUGGGGUUGUAUUCUUCUGGGCGACGAACCUGGACCAGGUCAUCAUCUCCGACUCGCGAGCAUUCCAACACCAUGCUCUGAUGCUGUGGGCCCAUUUCGCAGUAUUCCUGGCAGGAUUCGAGCGGAGCUUCUGGUACCUGCGGCGAUGGGCCAAGAGCAUAGUCGGAGAUGUUGCCCAGAGGGUUUCGGAAACGCCCAGGGCGGCUCAGGUCCUGCAAUGGCCCGAGAAGAAGGUGUGGGAGCGUGCUCUUUGA